AUGGUUGCGCACCCGUAUGGCAUGAGUGGUUGCGCCACGGGGACAUCUAUCUCGGGAACAGCGUGCCAGAGGUCAGUGCCGAGUGUGUGCGUCCUGCGGUCUGCCGAAGUCCUUGCGGAGUACGAGGUAGUUAAACAGCUGGACCAGAGCGCCUUCGCCAUGACGGGACUACGCGUCGCCCUGCUCGCUCUGGCGUUAUUACAUGUAAGCGUGGCCCAGGAGCCGACCCUCCAGGUGCUGCCGUCCAACAUCCUGAAGCCCCUGGGCGACAAAGCCUACGUGUCCUGCAGCGCCGUCGUCGACAACCCGGAGCUGGUGACGGAGAUGCAUUGGUCCGGACCCAACGGCCAGGAGAUACCCAACGCCGAGGGCACGAUCAUCGCCCUGGAGAGCAUCGAGGGCUCCGGCAAGCUCGACCUCAUGAUCCAGAACCUGCGGGAGGAGGACUCGGGCGAGUACGAGUGCACCGCUGUCUACGCCGGCAACCAGAAGCUGUCGGUGAAGCUCAUGGUGGACUUCUUCGGUAAGGCGGCGGGGCGCGUCCUCGUCAUGGUAUUUUUUUCCAGUUGA